AAAGCCAGACAAUUAGUUGAGUUUACUGAGGUUCGUUUCAGUCCACGUGUGCGGAGCCUAUGCUGCUAUGCUAUGCACCCAUUUCAACUUCCAUUGCGGACGACAAUAAAUUCCUCUCCCGGGACUAGCAAUAAUCGACUCCGAUGAUCUUCUCAUCUUAUCCAACAUAAAACCUCCAAUUCAAGAUUCUUCACUUUGUCGUCAGUACCGAAUGGCGUUUCUUCUGCAGUUACAUCCUCCAUCUCUUAAUCUCCGACACAAUCCUCUCCUCCUCACAAAUCCCAUGAAAGCAUCGCUGUCCCAAAAGACACCGCAAUCGCGGAAUUCACUGCAGUUUCCGCAAUGGGUUUCUUCUGUUCGGUCCAAGUCUUUGAAUUUCUUGCUGUCUGGCUCUCUUGCUCUUGCUCUCUCCCUCACUGGAGUAGGAUUUGCUGAGGGAAAGAUUGGGGUGAACAAGCCAGAAUUGCUACCUAAAGAGUUUACUACCGUAAUUGAUGUUGCUGGGUUCCUGUCAGAUGGCCAGGAAAAGAGAAUUGCGCAGGAGAUUGAUGCCCUCGAAAAGGAUACAGGAUAUAAACUAAGAGUUUUGGCUCAGAAUUAUCCUGAUACGCCUGGGCUAGCAAUCAAGGAUUUCUGGAAAGUGGAUGAUAACACAAUUGUAUUCGUUGCUGAUCCCACAUUUGGAAAUAUACUGAACUUCAAUGUUGGGGCUUCAGUGGAUUUAGACAUACCACGUAGCUUCUGGAGCCGAUUAGCAGGGAAAUAUGGGAACAUAUUUUACUGGAAAGAGAAGGGAGAGGACGCGUCUAUUGAAGCUGCUGUUAUGGCCAUAUCAUCCUGCUUAAGAGAACCAGCGGGUGCAAAUAAUUGCUCAGAGGUAAGAUAAAAGCUGCAGCACUGAGACUCUGUUUCUCUGAAACUACUACUGCUGUUUCUUAGCACAAUCCUUUGAGGAAUCAUCAUCUUUCCUCCUUGGAUUGAUGUCAGAACCAAGAUUUUGUCCGAUAAUAGAGAGACGUGAUAUUAAGGCUUUAUUGUGAUCGGUGAAGUUAUUACAUUUAUGUAUAACAUGAUGAGGAAUUAAUAUUAACUAAAUAUAGUUCCUGUCAUCCUUUUCAAUGGUACUAGCUAUUGGCUUCUGCAUUUUGGUCUUUUUCUUUCAGAAUAAUAGGAUGGCCUUCUGAAAACUGGUUGCAGCUUACUCUAUUUCAAGAACGUCUAUAAAGUUGUCUUCUUUGUUUAUUUCUCCAAUAUAA